GCACCUUCUUGUCACUGGAAGCAGACGAACGCUGAGCGCAGAUCGCGUGCGGGCUGCCGGGCUCCGGGAAUGCGAAGCGAUGGCAUCGUCGGCAAGCGAGGAGAAAGCCUUUAGGAGGUUCCUGGAGCUCCUGCUGCGGGAAUUCCGAGGGCCCUUCGGCGAGGACGACCCGUUGCCACUCCGGCCUGUCUCGAACCACAUCACAGAGGAGGAGGUCGAAGGAGAGUGCCUAGAUCUGUGUCUCCAGCAUCUCUGCAGAUAUAAUGCCCCCUUCUCAUUGGCUGCUGCGUUGGCAAGAGCGACGACCAAUGAAAUCCUUCAGAGUGACCUUUCUGUCCUCCAUUAUGUACCGAGUCUCCUGGAUGACGCAGACAGUAUAACACAGUUUGACUCGACGAAGCUGGCCCGAAUGGUGUUCACAAAACUCCACGAGGUCUGCUGCAGCUGGGUGAAGGAUUUGCCUUUGACGAGAAGAACGCACCCCUACUUCGAAACGUCAAUUCACGCCAUCAAGAAUAUGCGAAGGAAAAUGGAGGACAAACAUGUCUGUCUGCCUGAUUUCAACACACUCUUUAAUCUAGAGGACCAGGAGGAACAGUCCUUUUUUGCCGUGUUUGACGGGCACGGAGGGGUAGACGCUGCAAUUUAUGCCUCCAUCCACCUUCACGUGAACCUGGCUCGACAGGAGAGCUUCCAGCAUAACCCCGCUGAAGCCUUGUGUCAUGCCUUUCGCCUGACAGACGAGCGAUUCGUGCAGAAGGCUGCCAGAGAGAACCUGCGCUGCGGCUCCACCGGGGUGGUGACCUUCAUGCGGGGGAACAUGCUGCACGUGGCCUGGCUCGGGGACUCACAGGUUAUGCUGGUCCGAAGAGGUCAGGUCGUCGAACUCAUGAAACCGCACAAACCUGACAGAGAGGAUGAAAAGCAGAGAAUCGAGGCGCUGGGAGGCUGUGUGGUCUGGUUCGGGGCCUGGAGAGUCAAUGGAAGUCUUUCUGUCUCCAGAGCAAUUGGGGACGCAGAGCACAAGCCUUACAUCUGCGGGGAAGCAGACAGUGACUCCACCUUGCUGGACGGGACCGAGGACUACCUUAUCCUGGCCUGCGACGGCUUCUACGAUACCAUGGAGCCAGAGGAGGCUGUCAGGGUGGUGGCCGAGCACCUGAAGGAGAACAACGGGGACAGCAGUAUGGUGGCCCACAAGCUGGUGGCAUCGGCGCGGGACGCUGGCUCCAGCGACAACAUCACUGUCAUCGUGGUCUUCCUGCGGGACCUGAAUGCGCCGCUCGAGGAGGAGGAGGCCAACGGCGACUCCAAGUGGUCGGGCAACUCCUUCGACGGUGCCCAGGGUGACGGCGGGGAUGACAAGGAGAACCAGGGUGACUUCCAAGGCCCCAGGGUGCAGCAUCCGUUCGGAGGCGGCUCGGAGCUGGCCCAGGAAACCCGUGAGGAUUCGCUCACCGACAGAACUAGUCUGGCUCUAGGCCCUCAGCUCCCCCUCAUCUGCGCCCAAGGCUCCCAGGCGACGGGAGCCAGUGCCAAGGGUUCUCCUACGCCACAGCGCAGACCCAAGAGGUCCGAUCCGCCCAGUGCGGAACUGCCGCUGUCGGCCUUGCGGGAGCUCAGGGACUUUGACGUGGGCGAGGCCUGGCACCAGAAGCCGUCUCCCACGGGCCACGUCGGGAGCCAGAGCCGCAGGGCAGGGAGGCUGGCUCCCCUCUGUCCAGCCACCGAGGAGGCCCCUGCCGCGGCCCACAGGACCUCCUGCACAGUAAGUCAGCACGGACAGCGGACAGCCGCGUCACCGCAGCGCCGCACGCCUCUCCUGGCUCGAAGGCACAGCAGCAACGCCGGUGCUGGGCCAAGCAGUUGGAACCGCAAGGGGGUGACACACAGGCAGAGGAAAGCGGGCAGUAUACGUCGCUCGGGGUGGGCUGGCGUCAACUGGCACGGGCCGGUGCCGACCAGUUUACGUGACGUCUGUCUACUCCAGCAGUAACAGCUAUGUGUAGUUCCACGGUUAGUAGACUAUUCAACACCAUGCCCCCUUCUCCCAGCCAGCCCCCGCUUCUCUAGCUUGCCUACAGUUCAAAUGAGCAGUCAGCUGUCCUGUCUUCCACUCAAAGAGUAGCCGAGGCCUCGGGCAUUCCCGAAAGAGAACGUAACCUGUUUUUGUUGCUAGACAGGCUUCACUACGGCAAUUUUUGUGACUAAGGAAACUCCUCAACUGCUUGGAACCCCCUGACUGACACUCACUGGGUGGUGGGGGAGUCAGGAUGUGAAGCAGAAAGCGUGUAUCUGGGGUUCUCCUGCACCCUCUCCUGGCUCUCUUAAAUACAGGCAAGAAGUUCGCUGCCUACUCUUGGGGUGGGAGCCAUCCCUGGGCAAUGCUGACCAUUUAUAAAGCCCUCCCCCCUCCCCCCACCUUGGUUAACCUCUGAAGAUGGGGGGGGGUGUGGGGGGAUCUCUUUGAACUGCUGGUCCAAUCCAACAAGCGCGCCACCUCAGAGGCCGGUUGAGAAGCGGCCAUAUUAGAUUUGGGGUGGCCGUUUGCCACGUUUCCUUCCUUCAAGUUAAAAAGUUUUCAUGGCAGCCAAAAAUCUCAUUCAAAGACUUAUUUCCCGACCUGAUGGCAAAUUGUCUGCGGUGAGAUUAGAAUACGCAUUCUUUAGAUUAUCGGUCUAGUAGACCAGAGUUUCUCAAUCUGGGGUCCAUGGAUAUUCUCAAUAUUAUUGGUCUAUGGCAUAAAAAAGGUUGGGAACUCUGCUAUAGACACUCCUCAAUUCUUAACAUUUUUCUCCCACCCCUAAUGAAGCCCUGUCUUGGGCUCAGUUUCAUUUUUCUGUGGACUAUCUCCAGCUGGUCUGGUGAGUGACUCUCACGUGACAAUUCCGCCCCCCCUUUUGCCUCUCCCAGUGUCCCCAGGCCUUCCCAGAAUCAGGAAGCCCAAUGAGACCCCCAUUCAGAUACUCCCUCAUUGUAAAACUUGGUCACAAAGUGGGAAGAGUACUGGCCUGAGGGACAUGAACCAAUUGUGGAAGUGGAGGUGGAAUGCUGAAUUGGGGUGGCAGUAAAUAUCUUUCAAUCUGUAUAAUUCAAGGACAUACAGUAAUCAAGACACUUAGCAUUCAGUAGUUAAAAGUAUUUAGAUGUCUCUUGCCGUAGAAUUCAUUUGAAACUAAUCAACUCCAUUUUCAGACGAAUUAUUCUCACAUCCAUAAAAAGCUUUUCCUAACAGACUCCAUAAUAGUUACACAUCGAAUAGCUGAGUAACACACUCAUUGAAACAUUGAAUAGUUGUCCUGUUAGAAACUAGACUACAUAUCAGAUCAGUGCAGUCCAAACACCGGUAGUAGCAAUCCUGUCAAACGAGUGCAAGCUGGUUGAAAUUUACAGCGUAUUUUCUCAACAAACUAAAGGUAAUUCAGUAAGAUGUAUGAAGCGUUAGUAGUUGCUGACCUGAGUAUACACCUGUACUAGUACUGUGCUAAUCCACUGUUCACUUGCAAUGGAACUUGCACAACUUCCUGCAGCGGCCCACCUGUACGUAGUGUGGAGCAUGGUCUAACUGUUUCACUUCACCUGUAUCAAUACUCCAGCCAUUCAACUAAUUAGUACUGGUCUAACUGUGCAUCCAUACCGCAUUUGUGGUCUGACUGUAGUCCACGACAGUACUGAUGCCUACAACAGUCCAAUGAUAUACCUGCACGGGUAUCCAUGAUGGUCUGACACUACUUGUUCGUAUUCCUGUGUGGCACCUUUAACAGUCUGACUACGAGAGUGUCUGCAGGUACUGACUGUACACGUGUAGCAGCUCGACUGUACUGCUCUGACUGCAUGUGUCAUUAUACGUUAUACCUGUGCCAGUUCGGCUGCACACCUACAUGUGGGACCGUACUGUACCAGUUUGACCCCCGAACUACUCCAAAUGCAAUGUUAUCUGUUAGUUGUGCAGGGACUGACUACAUCUACAGCAGUCUGAGAGUACAGUUCUGUUCUCGUGUACCAGUUCCACACUUUAGAGCAAUCUUGUUUUGUAACACGCAGUGUUUAAAUGAAUUCAGCUGGUGGUAGCAAGUAGUCUUUAACUUUGUUUGAUUUUCUGUGCCCUUAUUUGCUGCUUGUUCAAGUAACUAAAACUCCCCUCCAACUACUAUCAAUAUUUCUUGUUGUAAUUUUUAAUGGUAUUUCCGGUGACUAUAAUGUAAAAAUUAUAUAUAUAUAUAUAUAUAAAAAAAAUAAUCCGAACUCAGCAAGAGGUGACUAUUGUAAUUAUCUGUUUUGUCUGUAUACAUUUUGUGUCCUCUGUAAUCUGUGCCGUGUGUUGAAAAUGAUGGAGCACUUUGUAUUAUCAUAAACGAAGUUAACAAGCCUUUCACGAUUAAAGGGAUUG